AAUUCCAUCUUCCUAAGAGUUUCUGAAAAGAUGGAACUAACCUUUCUCAAACUAUUAUCUUCUUUGAUAAUCUGGCAAAAUAUGGGUUUCCUAGACAUGACUGUUCCUUCUCCAACCACAACUAAUUAUUCAACCCAAAAAAAUUUACUAGUCUGCAGAUUCAAAGUUUAUGGCCCAAUUCCAAAACAAAAAAAAUCAAUGGAAAUCUUCAAUAGUGAAUCAAAUAUCAUUUACCCAAAUGAUCCCUCAAAGGUCCACGAAGGCUGGUUCUAUUCAAUGGGUGUACUAAAACUUGAUGGGGUUCUUGAUCUUCUCUCAGAAUCUGAUGGCACCUUACUAUAUUCAAUCAAUAUAAAGGCUCUACUAUCCUCGGAAAUAAGACAAAUUAACCAUUCCAUUUUCCAAUCCUCAAAUAUCCUAUAUAUUGGAAUAAUCAAAAAGCUAAGAAGCGACUACUUUAAUAAAUCAAACAAACCCUUUAUUAACAUCAACGAUAUCUCAAUCGAUACCCCUUCUUCUCCCUUCUUUAUCCAAAAUUCAAAGCAUAAAUUCAAUGAACUAAAACACUGCACAAAUCAAAGAAUUAUUCUUGAUUUCGAUUUACAUAUCGAUUUCGAAGAUUGGUUUGUAGCUCUAUUGUCCUUAACAAGCAGAGAAUAUGUCGGAAUGCACUCUUCCUAUAACAAAAGCAACUCUUUAAGACUAUCAAAAAAAAUUAAAAUCGAUGUCAUUGAAGCAACCUUUAACUCAAAUUUACAAAAAAGUCUAAAACAAAUCGGUUUCCUGGGAAUUUACACUGCAAUACAUUUUUGGAACUGCACCUGGGCUCGUUCCUCCGUAGUUAAAAGCUCAAAAUCCCCAUUUUGGAGAGAAGAGUUUGAUGUCGAUGCUCCCCUAUCAUGGGAAUCCUUUGAAAUAUUAAUAAAAGCUUGCUUGAAAUCUGAUGACUCAGACGAUUCAAAAAAUUUCAAACUAAAAAAAACAUUUUUAAACUUUAAUCCAAAAGAACAAUCACAAUACAAUUUCAAUGAUUUGUUAAUUGGUAAAGUCAAAAUCACCAAAACAAUAAUAAAAGAUUCAAACAAUAAUGGCGAAAUUUGGAUACCGAUUUACAACUAUUAUGGAAAUAAAGUCAAAGUUGGUCAAAUAUGCAUUAGAAUCUCUUUGAAUGAAUUAUUUAUAUUAUCUCCUACAAACUAUUUAAAACUAGAAUCCUUAUUACUACAAUUGCCAUUUAAAAAAUUAAUAAACUUUUUCAAAUCAAACAAGUUAGUUGAUGGAAUGGAAAAUUUAGAAGAAAACUCUUCCAUGCUAUUGGAUAUUUUUCAAAGUUUAAAUAUAGAAGACAAAUGGUUUUCUUCCUUAAUAGAAGAAGAAUUAAAUGAUCUACAAUCAAUUUUUAACAAGGCCUCAUCAAAUCAACAUUCAAAAAGUACGGAAAAUGAUGUCUUAAUGAAAACUGCUUCAGCUAAUUGUUUUAAUACUCUAUUCCGAGGCAAUUCUAUUUUAACCAAAUCAAUUGAAAAAUAUAACUUUAGAAUUGGUCAAGAGUACUUAGAAAAAACUAUAGGCAAAAUUGUACUCAAAGUUAGUAACCAGGGCUUAAAUUGUGAAAUUGAUCCUAAUAGAAUUUAUGAAAAGAAUGCCUUGAUGAGAGACGCUAUUUUAAAAAGUAAUUUUAAUAACUUGCUAAAAUAUAUGGAAGAAACUUGGAAAACGAUUUACUCCUCAAGUGCAGACUUGCCUCAUCCAAUAAAAUACGAAAUGAAAAUAUUUAGAGAUAAAUUUGAAGAAUCAUGUGGAAAUUUAGAAAAGGAACUAGCGUAUCAAUUGAUUUUGAAUUGUACAACUGGUUUUAUAUUUCUAAGAUUUUUUUGUCCGGCUUUGCUAAAUCCUAAAUUGUUUUUAUUGGCAAAAGAUCAUCAGGUUGGGUCUAAUAAAAGAACGUUGACUUUGAUUGCGAAAAUUCUUUUGACAUUUUCCAAUAGAGGAAGGUUUGGUGCAAAAGAACCUUGGUUAAUUCCCAUGAAUCAAUUUAUUGAAAAACAUGAACUAGAACUAAAAGACUACAUGGAUAAGAUAACAAACAGAAAACCUGAAACAUUCAAAAAACACCUUGACUUAAGUGACACAGUUAUUAGGCCCGAAAUUAACAUUCAAGAUCAGGAGUUAGCAAAAGAAUUACCAUCUAAUCCGUUUUUGAUUGAUAAAUAUUUAAGAAUGACUCAGUUUUCUAGUUUGAUU